AACCUCGGACAUGCUCGAACUGAAUGAGCAAUACAUUUGACCAACGGGAACAUUGUCAAACUCCGUAAUUUAUAACAAGGCACAGCACCGGAGCAUCAGGGAUACCUAUGACCCCACCUACACCCUCUUGUAGCAACAGUGAUAGGAAUUCUGAUUGCCUUCUAAUUCUUGGGUACCAAGUGAUAUUCUUUGCAUGGAUCCUUCUGCGGAUCGUGGGCUCAUUACACACAUAUAAAGCUUUCACCCGAAGAAAGACGGUUCUCGUCCCCAGGCUCUCCGGUAUGAGCAGUCUUAGUUCCACGCUGACACGUCCUAGUCACGAGGCAGCGGUAUAUUCCCUUGGUCCUUGGCUCGUUGGGAUGUGUAUAGACAUGCUCCUACAAGGGGCUCUUUUUACCCAAUUUACAAAUUAUUUCACUUGGUACGGCUCCACCGAUGGGUACAAGCUCACUCUAUCCGUUGCAAUCCUUGCGAUUAUAACUACCGUCAAGUCUGUUCAGGUUGCCAUUGUAUGGACACAGCAAAUAACCCACUUCUACAACACGCAAAGUGCUCUCAACUCGCGUUUUUUCGUUUGGUAUCAAAUAGGAAACCCUUUGAUGGUCUCGCUUAUCUCCCUUUAUGUGCAAUCCUACUUUUGCUACCGUCUCUACGUGGUGUCCAAGAGAUUGUGGAUAGUCACACCUAUAUUGUUCUUGUAUCUGUUCUCCGUGGGAUCGGUCGCUGUUGCGACGUAUUAUAUUGCACGUUCUGAUCCGAAGCUGGGACGUUGGCUUGCAGUACAUUAUGCCACUGUUUUCGCCAGCGAUGUUAUGCUCGUUGGCACCACAGCGUAUUUUCUCCUCAAAACAAGAAAGCAGGUUUUGCCUCACACCAUCGGUGUGAUCAAUGCCCUAAUUCGACUCACCUUCCAGACGGCUACGCCAGCAUUGAUAUGUACGAUGUUCAACCUAGUUUUCACCUAUCUUCCGGACCCCUACGACAAGGGCAUAUCCAGCGCCUUCAUACAGGCCCUCCCUAAAGUAUAUGCAGUCAGUAUGAUGUGGACGCUCAACGCACGGAGGGCCAUCAUGCGCGAGUCCACACCGAUGUUCACCAGUGGGUUAACUGAAAGGAAUGCUUCGUUCAUGCAUGCGAAUAUAAGGACAUAUUCGACAACUGGAGAUAUUCAGUUUGCUACCAUUGAUCCAGACCACUUUUCGGACUCGGAGUCUCAGGCUCUGAAUGUACCGUCCACAGUCCUGGACGAUAAUGACAUGCCUAAAGGCUCUAACGACUGCUUAACGUACCGAUGAUAGACUCCGAAUAUUAUUACGAUUGUUUUGGUGACACCUCUUUGGACUUACUUACGAAGCCGUCAAAUGCAGUGCAGAAUUGGGUGAUCUUAUGUGCGCUAUUCUGGAUUAUGGAGGACUCUCUGUAAAACUAUACAUAGCUCAC